CUUUGGUAUAAUAGUAAGUAUAGGUCCAUGUAUAUAUAUUGUUCACCAGGUGAGUCGGUACUACGAUCUUAUUAAUCCAAGAAUCCAAUAAUGAGGAAUUCAGUCAAACGUCCGCCAACACCUGACCCAGAAGAAGAAUACGAUGAUCAAGAUUCACAGCCAUCUCUUCAGGAAAUCAUCAACAUUAAAUUCAUUGAAAGUGGAGAGAAAGAAAGAUUGAAAGAGCUUUUGAGGGAAAGACUGAUUGAGUGUGGUUGGAAAGAUGAAAUGAAAUCUCUUUGCAGGUCAUUGACAAGGAAGAAAGGAAGGAAUAAUGUAACAGUUGAUGACCUUGUCCAUCUCAUUACGCCCAAGGGAAGAGCUGCAGUUCCUGAUUCUGUAAAAGCAGAAUUAUUGCAAAGAAUCCGUUCUUUUCUCCAAUCCACAGCUCUCUGAUUUUUCCAAGUUCGUUUGAGGGUUAUUUUAAUUCUGUUGCUUGAUGGAUGCAAAAAAUGUAGUGUAACUUAUGGCUAUAGAAGUUUGGUGUUACGUGCAUUAAGCUUUGUUACAUAGUUUGUCGGUUUGUGUUUUGUUAUUAAUUUAAACCAUAAAAGGGAGAAGCUAUUUGUUGUAUCUUCUUUCAUGUGGGUUGCCAUUACUAUUACUAUGUUUAUAUAAUUAUGUUGUAAUGGUUGGAUUA